ACGGGCCGGAAGUGGGAGUCUGACGACUUCCGGCAGUUGAGCUGAGAGGAGAAAGGAGAGCGGAGAAUGGCUACCAAGAAGUUGGCGCGGCAGCUUGGAUUAAUUAGAAGAAAGUCAGUUGCACCAACAAAUGGAAAUGUAGGAAGAAGCAAAUCCAAGCAGUUGUUUGACUAUUUAAUUGUCAUUGAUUUUGAAUCAACAUGUUGGAAUGAUGGGAAACGCCACCAGAGCCAAGAAAUAAUUGAAUUUCCAGCAGUAUUACUGAGCACAUCAACUGGAGAGAUUGAAUCUGAGUUCCAUACUUAUGUUCAGCCUCAGGAACAUCCGAUUCUUUCUGAGUUUUGCAUGGAACUGACAGGCAUAAAUCAGGCUCAAGUUGAUGAAGGAGUCCCUCUGAGGAUAUGCUUAUCUCGGUUCUGUAAAUGGAUUCAGAAGAUUCAGCAACAGAAGAAAAUUAUUUUUGCUACUGGGAUUUCAGAUCUGUCUAAUUCCGAAGUAAAAUUAUGUGCAUUUGUUACUUGGUCAGACUGGGACUUGGGGGUUUGCCUGGAGUAUGAGUGUAAAAGAAAACAGCUGUUAAAACCUGUGUUCUUAAAUUCUUGGAUUGAUCUCAGAGUAACUUAUAAGAUUUUCUAUAGAAGAAAACCAAAAGGACUAAGUGGUGCCCUGCAGGAAGUGGGAAUAGAAUUCUUGGGAAGAGAACAUUCUGGGUUGGAUGAUUCUCGGAAUACUGCCCUUCUUGCUUGGAAAAUGAUCAGGGAUGGUUGCUUAAUGAAAAUUACAAGGUCCUUGAACAAGGUUCCCACUAAGAAGAAUCCCAAAAUUUUGGCCAGAAAUUUGAAUACGAAUCAAGUUGAAGAAGCAUCGGCCUGCAACAGUAGCAUUUGGGGUCUGAGCACAUAUGAUAGGGAGCCUAAAAAUACAGUAAAUUCUCAUGAAAAAGUUCAGUUGAGGUCAGCUGGUAUGAAUUCUCCUAUAAAGGGACAAGAUCAGUUCCAACUAAAGAGCAAUGUAAAAGUGGGUCUUCACGGUGGCAAAGACUAUUUAUCUCUUUUUAAUACAAAGCCCUCUACUUCCCUGGAGCAGUUGCAGUCUCCCAGCUUGAAUACACCUAUGCAGAAGCACAUAAAAAAUGAACACCUUGCAUUUAGUACCAAACCUAUGUCUUCAACAGUUAGUUCAGAAUUGGUACUUAUUUCAACUACCAUUUCAUCUGUUAAUCAUAUUUCUGAUAUGGAAAUGAGUUCUGCUCUUGAUUGUUUACCUAUGUUGGCUGAUUGGGAGGAUGUAGCUUUACUGCCAGCAUCUCAGCCUGAGCAAAAUAUAGAUUGUAUACCUCCCAUUAAUGACUCAAACUUAGACACUUCACUUAAUUCCAUAGAAAGAUUAAUGAUUUUAAAGGAAGGCACAGAAGAAACUCCUCAAAACUCUGAGACCUCUAAGUCUAUUGUUUAUAAGAGUCCACAUACUACUAUUUAUCAUGUAAAAGAUGCCAAAGAUCAAGGUUCAGUUGCUUCUGACUUUAAAUUACCUGAAUGCAAAUCAAGUAGCUCCAACAAUAUUAAUGCCAGUAUGUCUCAUCCUUCAGUUUUGGGGAAAUACCCCCUCCUUUUAGGUAGUACUAAAAGGAAUCCAUCCAGUCUCCCAGCUUUCCCACCAGCAAAAAAACAGUCCUUCACUAUUCAUGAAGAAAAGCCUACAUCAUCUGAUGGCUUCCCAGUGAGAAGUUGUUCCCAGAAGGUCCUCCCCUCUGUCUUAGCUUCUACAGUUAACCUAGAAGGACCUUGGAAGAGUGGAAAAAUGACACCUCCAUUAUGCAAGUGUGGCCGAAGAUCUAAGAGACUUGUUGUUUCUAAUAAUGGACCAAACCAUGGAAAAGUCUUCUUUUGUUGCCCAAAUGGGAAAUACCAAGAAAAUAGAAAAUGUUGUGGUUAUUUUAAGUGGGAACAAACACUUCGAAAGGAGAGAGCCAACAGCAGCGUUCUGUCUUAUUCUCCAGGGGGACCCACUUUUAGUUCCCCAGAAAUAAGCCAUAUUUGUGACAGAAAUGUAAAUUUUUCUACUAAAAAUUCAUUGAGACUCAGACCUUCAAUGAGGAAUUGAUAAACCUUCCCUAUGACUAAACUGUGUUUUUACUUUAAUGUGACUUUUUGUGUGAUAAAGAGAAAAAAGUGUAUAGGGCUACAAGUCAUGGGGACUUAGCAUAUCUGAGUUCUGUAGACUGCACUGGGGCUAUUAAACACACAUGCAUGCACACACACUGAAAAUGAGAAAAAAAUUGAUUUCACACACUUUGAAUUUCCUUGAUCAGUUAUCUAAUACUUCUCUUGUAUUCAUUCAUCUAUGAAUCCUGAUUGUUCCUUGAAUUUCCAAACAUCAUGAAUAUUCUGAUAAUCGUCUUACACUUUUAUUUUUGUCAUAUAUUAACGUGCCAAAUUUAUCAUACUUUUAUCAAGAACCACAAAUAUUUUAUAUAUUCUAUUAGACUAGAUAUAAUAAACAACAAUAGUAUAUAACAUCCUUCUUUUACAGGUAGACCUUGAAAUAAAUUUAAACUGUUUUUAAAUUACUUGAAUAAAAAUGUGACUAUUAAAAAUCCCUAGUCUAUUUUCAGAUAGACGCUUGUACUUUGAGAAUUAGGAAAUCUAACUGAUAUAUUUUUUUUUUCUAAAAAAUUUUAUUUAUUUUGAGAGACGGAAAAAGAGCACGAGAAGGUGGGUCCAGGGAGGAGAGGGAGAGAGAAUCCCAAGCAGGCUCCACGCUGUCAGAACAGAGUCUGACAGCAGGGCUCAAGCUCAUGAACUGUGAUAUCAUGACCUGAGCCUGAAAUCAAGAGUUGGACACUUACUGACUGAG